AAGAGUCUAAAGCGAGCAUCAACCACGCAGCUUCUCAUCAUCAUCAUCGGCGGCGGCGGUCUUCUUCUUUAGUUCUAAGAUCCGCGAUUCAACGUGCGGCUUUUAAUUUCAACCUCCUCCCCUUAUUUGUUUAUAAUUUUGUUAGUCGCUUAUUUUAAUUUUUUUUUUACGUUUUAAUUUCACCUCAAGAACGCGUAACCUCCUCCACCGCCCCCCCACCCACCGCCUCAUUGUUAACAUCAACGCGAAAUGUAAAUUAAAUUUUUAUACAAUUAAAAGUCCGAGCAAUUAGCGCUUACAUUGCUACGUUCGCUGGGAAGUUAAUUAAGUUUGACGACUGUUUGGGGUUUUGUUUUUAAAGGGCGAGGCGCGAGAUUAGUUAUUUAAAACGGAGCUUUAAAAACACCAAAUACAGUUUUUGUACGUUUUUAAUAACAGUCGAACUUAGCGUUAGUAUCGUUAUUGAUAAUAAUGACGAUGAUGAUGAGAUAAAAGUGUGUCUCGUCACAUAAAAACGUAUUCGCAGGUCGCUUUUGAUAUUUGAAACUUGCUUUGAUUCGCUGUUAAUUGGGAGUCGAACCGUCAUCGUUUUUAGUCGUCAUUAACUAUUAAUAACUAUUAAUAACUAUCAUUAACUAUUAUUAACUAUUAGCCUAAAGCACUGUACAGCUCGUAGCAUAGCUGUAAUUUUUUAUCGCGCUUAAUCCAGUUAUCAUCUCGAGUUAUCAUCCAAAGUUAUCAUCCACAGUUAUCAUCCAGAGUUAGUUAUCAUCCACAGUUAUCAUCCACAGUUAUCAUCCAGAGUUAGUUAUCAUCCACAGUUAUCCACAGUUAUCAUCUCGAGCUAUCAUCCAGGGUUAUCAUCCCGAGUUAUCAUCCACAGUUAUCAUCCAGAGUUAGUUAUCAUCCACAGUUAUCCACAGUUAUCAUCUCGAGCUAUCAUCCAGGGUUAUCAUCCCGAGUUAUCAUCCACAGUUAUCAUCCAGAGUUAGUUAUCAUCCACAGUUAUCCACAGUUAUCAUCUCGAGCUAUCAUCCAGGGUUAUCAUCCCGAGUUAUCAUCCACAGUUACCAUCCAGGGUUAUCAUCCAGAGCAAGUUAUCAUCCACAGUUAUCCCGAGUUAUCCUCUCGAGUUAUCCGUGAACGUUGCGCUCUGAGAUUUUACCAGUAGCAGCAGCAGGAUGAUGAUGAUUUGGACGAAGAUCUCCACCCAAUCCCAAUUUUGGCGAAUGUCAUGAACGACCUCGCUCUAAACGACAGCGACCAUCGCGUUUAACACGACAGGUCACGGACCAUACCACGAACCGUGGUAUUAGCUGGCAGAUUUCCCACGAAAAUUCAUCCGUCACAUUUCAUUCAUCAUCCAUCAAUUCUCCACCGACUCGCCACCAUGGUGCUGGGACUACCCGGGCGCAUUCGCGUCCGCGUUCUUCUCGACGACUCCGAGUCACCGGCCGGUGUCCGUGGGUCCAGGGGGCCUCACGAAGGGCCCCACGCGGUGCGUGCGGGCCACGAAAUCCGUGGCCGUGUCCGUGUGGUCGUGACGGGUGCCCCGGUUCGUGUCCGCCGCCUCUCGGCGUCUGCCCGCGGACGAGCGCGGGCGAGAUGGAGCGAGACGCGGAGCGCCGGCGGAGGGUCGAGCACUGCGCACGCACACACCUACGGCGAGGAGCGGGAGCUGUACGUGCAGGGGUGCCAGCUGAUUGGGGCAGGUUGCGAAAGAGACGGCGUGGAGGAUAUCACGGUGCUGCCGAUUGGAAAACACUAUUUUCCCUUCUCGUUCCUGCUUCCGCUCGAGCCCCUGCCCACAUCCUUUGAGGGGAAGUAUGGCAGCGUGCGCUACUGGGUCGAGUCGAAGCUGCAACGUCCGUGGUUGCCCGUGCAGAAGACCCGAAUGGAGUUCACAGUGCUGGAGAACGUGGACGUGAACACGGUCGCGCUGCUGUCGCCUGUUCGCGAGAGUAAAGAAGAGACGGUCAAGUGCUGGUUCUGCAUGUCUGGCUCCGUCUCCAUUGCCGCCAGGAUCAACCGCAAAGGCUUCUGUCCCGGCGAAACGAUCGACAUCCACGUGGAGGUGGAGAAUGGUUGCCCCCGUGCGGCGCAGACGCACGCCGCCCUCUAUCAAACCCAGACCUUCCGCGCAAAAGGCCACUCGCGGACGGUGCGCCAACUCAUCGCCACCGCUACCGACCACAACGGCGGCAACAACAACAGCAACAACAACUUGGACGCGGCGAACGACGGGCUGUUGUGGCACGGGUCUCUGCGCGACAGCCUGGGCAUGGUGCCAGCACGCCAGAGGAAGGAUUUCCCGCACCCGUGCGUGCGCAUCCCGCCCGUGUCGCCCUCCAUCCAGAACUGCGCCGUGCUGAGCGUCGAGUACUCGCUGUCCGUGUGGGCAGAGGUACGCGGCGCCAGCGCGCUCACGGUCACGCUGCCCGUCGUCGUGGGGACCGUGCCGCCGCUCGGCUAUGCCGGGGCGCGCGUGGGAGCCGUGGCGCCGGCGAUGAUCGACGAGCCCGAAGCUCCUCCCAGCUACGACGAAGUGGUGUCGGCGACCUCAGAGGGCCAGGGGGUGGUGCCUGCCCGGGUGGUGGGGCCCGGGGCGGGCCCUGAGAUGGGGGCGGGGCAUCGGCCCUCGGGACGGCCUUCCCGCCGGAAUCGUCUGUCCACGGCGCGAACCCAGGCCUUCCUGCAGGAGUACAGCCUCUGCCCUCCGCCCGUGUACUCCAAGGAAGAUCCACACCCAGUCAUCAGCGGCUUCACAAAAUCUUCACACAGGCAAAACCACUGAAUGGAAGCCAACGCUGAGAAGAAGAAAAAAAAAUCAACACCUGCCACUCCACUCGAUGAGCACAGGGGAAGUGUUGUUGACCGUACGCCGGAGGUCCCCGUGGUUGUUUCGCGACCGGCUGGACGACGCUUCCAGGAGAACCAACCGCCGGAGUUUUCGCAAACGGGGGGGAGAGACCUCUUUGCCUCCCCGGAAAAAUGUGCCACGGCCUCGUUAUCGGACGCCUGCUGCAGAAGAAGCCUUUUGGGGGCGGCCGACUCCGAUGUGAAAACGUGCGCAUAAAAUGCAGUCGCUGGCCGUGCCUGAUGAUGUUGAAAUUCUUGCCGUAGUUUUAAUGUCUCUUCUGCUCUGCGGAUGAAGUUAUUUCGACAAGUGGCAGUGCGGAUUGCAUGCAAGCAUGCAAGCAACGAAAAAAUGCGUGAAAUGGGCACGAAAAGACUCGCUUCGUCGCACAGUUCUUUGAGCCUUUCGGAUACGACACCAAAGUUUGGCGCAGGAACACGUAAAGGGGCGACUUCUUCAGGGCGGAUACAUUUUGGAAGAAUUAAAAUCCCUGGUGAGGUUCCUCGCUGUAAUAAAGACAGGAGGACGUUCUUCCCGUGGUGUAGGAAGACCUCAAGAACACUUUGUGGAGGACCCUUUUUUGAGCAGCAUAAAACCAAGAGAUGGCCAUCACCAGCCCAGAUGCCAACAAGCUGCUUCGAGAGAGAAAGGCUUUUCAGAAAAGGCCUCUCGUCCGCCGUUAUUUUUGUUUUGCCCCGGGUGUUUCCUCUUGUCGAUGGCUCCAUGAGCCUUUGAAACUGGUGCGGCUCGCCUUAAAAGCCACGGAAUGGUUUUGCGAACAGGAGCCUUGAAUGUUUGAGCGACCUCACAGAAGUCCUGGUGCGUGUGUAGCAGAGACUGCAAUGUAAAGCCGCCACGGCUGUUGAAAUUUGUGAGCGGAGGUUGUCUCAAAGAUGGCAGAACGAACGUUUUUUUGUUACAUGGAGUAGUUUUUUCUAUCACCCAAUUUUUACCCACUUUGCUGCUUUAUGAGGCUCGCGUCGUAUCGGAACGGCACUGUAAGCGGACGCUCUGGAACUAAUUCACUGGGAAACGCUUUAAUGGGUUCCUCCUAGCCCAACACCAUACAGAGCUACUUUUCCGCUCUCUAAAUGGUGCCCCGCCGUGUGCCAGUCUUGCGAUAGAUCUAUGCGAUCUCAACCAAAUGAAGGUAACAAGCAUUCGUAUGUGACUGCUGAGAAAUUUAACCGGUGGCUUUUUGUAUUCGAGCUCUGGAAUUUCAUUGGUGCUGGUUUCGGUGGUUUGAUAUGGCCAUUUAAGAGCAUCCUAAAAAUAAUUAUAAUAAUCCCUAGGUGACAAUGCAUGGCAAGACAUUGCCAGCCAGUCAACUAAUGGCUGGCUCUAUGCAGCCAAUGGCAGUCCAGCAAGUCCUGGUGACAUCACGAGUGUUGGGUCGGUUGUCAUUUGCUGGUCAUGACUUUCAGAUGGUUGCGCAGUGUCGUUCCAUCCAUAAUACAGGUUUUUUUUGUUAUUAUGGAUGAUAUUGGUCGCGAAAGCCUACGUGUUAAAAAGUGUCGUGCCAUGUUUUAAAACAUUUACUCUUUUUUACAUUGGCAUAAUUGCACUGAAUUUUUUUGUGGUGUUGCAAUAAUAACAUUGUAAUCCACCUGCAUUGAUAGUAACAGAAAAUGGUUCUAAUGAAGAGUGUCUUAACGGUGAUUGAUUUCAUUGAUGGGAGUUUUGACAUAACGGUUUAGGAAACAAAGUCUAGCCGCAUAGGCAGAAGAUACUAAAGUAAUGCUGCAGGGAGGUGGUAAUGUAACAGUGUUAGGUGGUGAAACGCAAAAACGAUGAUUUGCAACUUUUAACCUCCCUUAGCAAGAACAUUUCUUCACAGUCACAUUUCCACAUGAAAAGGUGGCUCGUGUUUAAUUAAAUUUCACUACAAACAUGAAAGAAUUGCUUGCGGCAUAAUCUCCAAUAAGCAUAAAGAAUUGUGAGGAACGCUUCUUGAAAGCAUGAAACGAGUUUGUAAAAUAUAAACGGGAGUGUAACAGGGGGUUUAUAAAUACAGGCACAUUGUGAUCUUCCCAUUUAUAGACGCGACGUAUUUUUGCGAUCUAUCUCAGGUUUAUCGAAUGAUUGUAGCACACGUAGCACCGUCUUAUAGUUGGUUUCUUUUCGGUAAUAAACUUCCACCUAAAUUUGCACUUUCCUUUGUAAACGCAAACUGCGAGCUUAGUUUUAUUUUUUCACAGGUGUUUUUUUUUCAAUGUUCCGCUGCUAUUUGCCAAAAAAUGCCCCCCUUGUUUUGAUUGAAACGAAGGUGUGUACAAAUAUUACUGGCCUUAACUUUAUAUUUUUUUUAUUUGCACUACUAUAAGCUAUGAGCGUGGCUUUAAAACUGUACAGUUAAAGAACGUACUCUCGUUUUAACACACCAUACACGUUUAACAAAUACAAACCCGGUAUUGCUUCCAAAGAUAAGCAAACUGCAUUACUGUACGGUGGAAGCGGUGAUUUUUUUUUUGUCACUGCACGCCGUUGUUCACGAAAGCGGUCGUUGGAAACAUUUUCAGAAUGGGGGGCGUGCGUACGUACUAAUGUCAGGUUUAUUUUGUUUAUUGCCACGGUCGAGAGGGGUAAUUUUGUAGCCAAUUACCUGCCACGUAAUCUCAUCUCAGUCUUCCUUCUGCCAGAUCCCACGGAGGGCUGGAGUUGACAUGCACGCGUGCAUCCUUUCACGGCGGAUCUUACGAUCACGUUACCGCAACCUUCCCACGAUAGGUCUUCCCUGUCGGUCACCAGCCCCCGUGGGUGUCACUUCAUUGCCCGUCUUGGGUGACGAUGUCCCUCCUCCAACCUGCACCACGUGUCUAGAUCGAAAACUCAUUCUGGAUUGAAAACUCGGUUUUUUUAAUAAUUGCUUUUGGUGUUUAGUUUGUCCUUCCACUCGCACCUCCUAUUCCUGAUCACAUCUGCAUCACUUAAUUUCCAAGUUCUAUUCCAAACUUCUGCUAAGUUUACCUUGCCCAUCACGAGCAAUUCCCAACCUACUCAUUUUCUAACAUUUACUUUUAGUCUUCGGUAAAGUCACGUAGGUAAAAAAUGAAUAGCUGCUAAUCUGGCUGUGACGGUCCCACCUGAUGACGGAGACUUGUGUUGCCUCCGAAACGUCGUGAUUUUCAUUGAUUUAUUUUAUAAUUUUUUAUUUCAUUUUUUACCUACGUGACUUUACCGAAAUAACUAAGAGUAUGAAUCCUUGCAGUCACGAAAGCUUCAAAUCUAGAAUUUACUUUAGUCCUAAAAAUGCACUCCUAAUCAGCACGGUCGGUGUGAUGUAUUGAUCUAUAGCAAUGCAGCCCGUCGCUCUAUUGUGCUGAUUUCUGUGAUGAAAGUUUCGUUUUAACUUUUUCUUGUACGCACAUCUCAUUCUGAAUAGUGUUUUACUGCCCCGUGCACAUUAAUUAUGUUCUUGUUUCAUUACCAUUUCUAACGUCGUCGAAUUACUAUGAAAACAUAUCGUGUAUAAAAGUAAUAAUAUAUAAGCUAACAACAUAUGCAAUACUGUAAUGUUAUAACCUUGGUUUUUUUAAGCUGGCUUGGAAUCCACUGGAUUGCUGUCUCUGUUCCACAGCAUGUGUUGGUAGUCCGUGCUCCAGUUUGUGGAAUUCCACGCCGGUAUUUCACGAUAACAGCCUGUGUGUGUGCGCGUGUGUACGCGCACGAAGCUCGUGAGAGAACAAAGCAAUGUGUGGUCAAUUCUAAAUAUAUCCAAAAAAUAGUGCAGUUUUCAUUUUGUAUUCAAAUCUUAAGACGUGUAUAACUGAAAGCCACUGUUAGGUUUUGAACAAUGAUGUUGAGCGUCUAUGCGCAGUUUAGAAAGCAUUCCAUUCACUAAAAAGUGGAGUAUUCUCGUAUUUGCCACAAAGUGGUAUACUAUUUAAUCAACCACCCAAGGGUUGAUGAGCUGAUUCAACCCGAGACUGGGAUUUGAACACGCGACCUUUUGAUUGUAAGUUGAGCACUGACCACCGUGCAGUUGAAGAUCCCCUUCGCCCACAUGCAGGCUGUUGUGUUGAGUGUCGUUAGCGAGCACUUAUUCAGUGCUGGGCACGAAGAGAUUGUGUGUCACGACCAAUGCCAAAGCCUCAGCCGCCCUUCUAUUAUUACACUGGUCAACACACUUUUUCUGGCACAAGGUAUUCCAAUGGUUUUAAUGUAAUUUUGGGGUGCUGAUUCCAAAUCUGGCAUCAGCUUUUGUCUAUGAAAUCAGGUUUUUGAGAUAUUAAAUAUUGCAUUUUCAAUAAAAACUGCAGAAGAAAAAUAUUAAAUGUGGAUAUCUACAUAAAAUGAUAUUAUAAACACACUAUGCUAAAAAUACAGCACCAUAUUUUAACACUAAAGCAGUCACUGACUCGCAACAACUUUCCAAUCAUAAGUGACGGAGUUAAUUUCGGGUAAAAUCAAUGAAAAUGGGGUAUGCCGAUAGCAUAAAAUGAGAUGUGAUAGAGCAAAUCUGAGAUCAGAUUUGGAAUCGGCACCCUGAAAUUAGUCUAAAACAGCUGCAAAAGUCCAGGCCAGAAAAAAAUAUUUUUUUUGUUGUUGACCAGUGUUAUUAUUUUCAGUGCUGAUGCUUUCGCGCCCGCACAAAAAUACUGUACUCCUUUAAGACGGGGAGUCAACCUCGGGGGAGACCAAGGACCGGUUCAUGUGUCACUCGCCAGCGAUGUUGGCAUGGCUGGGAAUAGAACUUGGGUUGCCAGGGUCGUGUGUUUUUAUACAGAAAUUCCCCCUAUAACCUGAACAGACCGUUGGUUUCAAGUGCUGUUAGCGAGCACCUAUGAAGGCCGGCACGGCACACGACGGGGUGGGUGGCAAACACCACGCCCGGCCGCCUUUAUCUCCCCAAUGGUUAUGUUGACACAUCACAGCAGGUCAUUUGAUGCUGGGUCGACCUAGGGGAAGCCCAUGACCGGUUCGGAUAAUCGUCACUGGUGUUAGGCGUGAGCGAUUAAUGAUCGAACUCGAGUCGCCGGGUUUGUAGCGCAGCGUGCUAAUCGCUGCACUACCGCUCCCACACACGCACAUCAGAUGGCUGAUACAGAUCUGCGGGUGGAUUUUAUUCAAGUGUUGUAUAUGUCUAUAAGAACACCCGCAGGCAUGUGCAAACAUGGUAAGUAGAUUGCUGCUGUGCCUAGCAUUGUGCUCUGGUGUGUGUCAUCCGUACCUACAUUUGUUGAUUUGGUAUGUGCUGUUUGUAACUUGGGGGGGAUGGCUAAUCGUGUCUUGAUUGCUGGGGACUUAACCAUUCCACGUGUGUCUAAGAGACGCACACCACUCCUGUUGUGAUUUCUAUGCACACUUGUAAAUAUCACGCAACAGGUCGUGACCACUUGAAGGAUUUUCUAAAUAAAGAUGUAAAGUGCUGAACCAA